AUGUCUAACCAGAGCUACUACGGAUUCACGAAUUACCACAACGCUCCUCGACAGCCUCAGCAUGUUCAAGCCUCCAACCAACACGGAAAUAUGCAGGGUCGUCAUGAGACGGCCACUGUACCCGAUGGUGAGCGAGGCCUCGGCGCAACUAUUGUGGGAGGCGGUGCUGGGGGUUGGGCAGCGCGCAAAGCUGGUAAGGGCGUCCUGGGUAGUCUUGCGAGUGCUGCCGCCGGGGCGGUUGGCGCAAAUAUCCUCGAGAAACAGCUUAAGAAAAUUCGCAACAAGAAGCAGCGCAAGUAG